ACGACGUUACACUUCAAUAGUUACUUUGCAUGCAUAUAAAUACGCUAAAAGAAGUUUAGAGUAUCAAACCGAUACCAACACUUGAACGGUACGCCUCGCAUUAUCGCAUCUUGAAACACUAGUGUCCAUUUUGUGUAACCUACUCGAAGCCAGCUCUACGUUAAGAAAAAAACACAGGGAUUAAGCUCGCACCGUAUUUACGGCGUACUGUAGCGAGCGUCAGUGUAAUUUCCGGUCGUUCGUUCCGUCCGAAAACGUACAUCAACGUUACAAUAAAAUGAGAAAAGUGUGGAUUCUCGGACUGUUUGCCUUGGCACUGCUGGUGACGGUGACUAAUGGGCACGAGAAGAAGAAAGAAAGUGGCUUUGAGGAGAGCGGCGGCAGUGAACACGGUGGCGAUCAUCAUUCGAAGAAAGGCGAUAAGGGUGAUAAGGGGUACGAGAAGAAGCAUGGGCUAGAGAAAUCGGAGAAGGGCAGCAAGGGUAAGGAGGAGCACGAAUCACACUACGGAGAGGAAGGUGGCCACAAGAAGGAAAGCCACGACGAGGGUGAUCACUACAAGAAGCAUCACGAGGAAAAGAAGGGCUCGAAGCACGGCAAAAAGGGACAUAAGAAGGGCCACAAGAAGGGUUCGAAAACCACCGGGUAUCAUCACAAAUCGCACAAGGAUGACUAUCACAAGGAGCACAAGUUCUACGACGAUCAUCAUAAGGAGGGCCACCACAAGAAAUUCGGUGAUUUCAACGAGUUCCACAAGAAGGCCGGCGGAGAUCACAAAAAGGGAGGUCACCACGAGUCGGCCCACAAGGAAGAUAAAUACGCCAAGAAGGGCCACACCGAUAAGGGUCAUUUCGAUGAUGAGCACAAGGGCUGGAAGCACAAGCAUGGCCACGAUUCGCACCAUUCGCACAAGGAUAGCUAUGGCAAGAAGGGCGGCAAAUCGGGAGGCAGUGAGCAUGGCUUCAAAAAGGGAGACGGCAAGCAUUAAUGUGUGGGUCGUCGUCGCCCUGCGGAUCGGUUGAGUCAAAGGGAAGGCGUCCUGGAAGACGGAAUGGCAUUGUUAGCACAAUUUCUACAGUAUAACACUUUUAUA